AUGCAAUACAAUGGUGGCUCUGUUGUAGCCAUGGUCGGAAAGGAUUGUGUCGCUAUUGCAGCAGAUAAACGUCUAGGUGCUCAAUUCAUGACAGUAUCUACUGAAUUCCAAAAGAUGUUUAGAGCCACAGAAAAGUCUUUUAUUGGUUUACCUGGUUUAGCUACAGAUGUCUUGACAUUGUCAGAUCGUUUUCGUUUCAAGACCAACAUGUACAAGAUGCGUGAAGAAAGAGAGAUGGAACCCAAGACACUUGCUCAUAUGGUAUCUUCUACAUUAUAUGAAAGAAGAUUCGGACCUUAUUUUGUAGAGCCCGUCAUUGCUGGUUUAGGUAAAGACAACAGGCCAUUUAUUUGCGCCAUGGACUUGAUUGGAUGUAUCAACUUUGCAAAAGAUUUCGUUGUCAGUGGUACUGCAUCCUCCAAUUUAUAUGGUAUGUGUGAGUCUCUUUGGGAACCUGAUCUUGAGCCUGAGGACCUUUUUGAGACGAUCUCUCAAGCAUUAUUGAAUGCACAAGACAGAGAUGCUUUGUCAGGUUGGGGUGCUGUUGUUCAUAUCAUUACACCCACUGAAAUCAUUACGCGUUCACUCAAGUCGCGUCAGGAUUAA